AGUGAUUGCUCAAAGGACACAAUUUAAAUACAGUGUAGCUCUGCCAACCGAAUUCCAAGGAGACCUCUCCUGAACUCUUUGACUGAGCCUAUAGGCAGCUACUUUGACCCUUACAAUUAUACAGUUGUUGAAGCUUGGAAAUGGGGGACCAGUAUAACUAUUAUCCGGGCGGGUACACUGGUGGAAUCCCGCCGAACCACCACCAAGCUGAGGCGCUCAAGUCUUUUUGGCAAGCACAGCUGGUCGAGGUGUCUGAGGUCCCACCUGACCCAACUGUAUUCAAGAACCACCAGCUGCCUCUGGCCCGCAUCAAAAAGAUUAUGAAGUCGGAUGAGGACGUGCGCAUGAUCAGCGCGGAGGCCCCCGUGCUGUUUGCCAAGGCGUGUGAGAUGUUCAUCCUGGAGCUGACGCUGCGGUCGUGGAUGCACGCGGAGGAAAACAAGCGGCGCACGCUGCAGCGCAACGACGUGGCGGCGGCUAUCACCAAAACAGACAUCUUUGACUUCCUGAUCGACAUUGUGCCCCGGGAGGAUGGCAAGCCGGAGGAGGGCGGCGCCGCGGCGCCCGGCGGCGCGGCCCCCGCGACUGCGCCGUCACCGGCCGGGCCCGGCGGCUCCGGAAACCAGCAGGCAGCUUCCGCUGCCUCGACGGCUGCCCCGGCAGCGGCCGCGCCGCGGCCGCCCGCGCCACCGGGCAUGCCCACCGCGCCAGGCAUGUUCUUCCCGCCGCCCUUCCCAAUGCCGCCGGGCGCGCUGGGGGACCCCAGCCACGCGGCCGCGGCGGCAGCGGCGGCGGCGGUGAUGAUGCGGCCACCCAUGGGUGUGGACCCCAACCUGGUCCUGCAGUACCAGCAGCAGAUAUUGGCGGGGCAGGCGCCAGGGUGGCCGCACCUGCCGGGGUUGCCGCCGCCGCCGACGUCGCAGCCGGGCGCCGCGGCUGCGGCCGCUGCGGCGGCGGCGGCGGCGGCAGCUGCCGCAGCAGCGGGAGCUGCGGCAGCAGAGGGGCAGGCGGAGGCUGCAAAGCAGGAGUAAGGGGUGGCUGGUGCCUGAGAGCUUUCAAUGUAAGCAAUUGUGACGAAACCGACGGUUACAUGUUUGGGACUUCCUUGGGCUCUUGACGUCAGGAGGACGUGGGCCGGAGAGCGCAUCCAGAAUCGUGGCUGCGGAACAUUGUGCAACGUCUGCGAUCGUGGAAGGCGUGUCAUAUUUGUGUUACAGUGCACGAUAACUUGUUGGGCAAUUUUGCAACUAUGCAUUACAGGAUAACAGGGGUGCGGAGAGACUUACAGUGCGUAUGAUGUUGAGGGUUUCACUCUGCAUGGUUCCCGCGGAUGGUGUUUUGGGAAUGAUUGACUUGGACCUCACUGACGGACUCACGGAUGAAACGUUAUUGCCGCGUACCGGAAUUGUACAGCAUUGAAGCGACUGAAGAGGUAUUGAAAUCAAAUUUAACUGCGAGACGGCGCGGGGUGCAAUGGCACCGUUUCCUGCCCGUGGGUGGUAAGGUCCCACCAUGGUGAUUGGCACGGAUGAGGAGAUUUUGGGCUUGGAAGUUGUGGAACUAUGUUACGGUACUAGAACCCUUUGAGCCCACUUCGGGGACAGAUUUGGGUUGCGGUACGAGAGCUGCCCCUCCAUGCUCGGCACGUGCUUAAGUGCUGCGCAGCUCUAGAACAUACGUCUUUCGCGAGUGAAAGCACUACGGUGGACUGCCACCAACCCAGGGCACCCGUAGGCAUCCACCUUGUGCUGUGCAUGCUGAGACUCCCGUCGCGGCGCAAGGGUCCACUGGCCGUGUAACUUGUGCAACAU